ACGGUUGGUGGCGUGUGUGUUGGCAUGAGUUGUAAAAAACAUGAAAAUAAUGAAUCAGAAUCACUUCAUUUUGUAUCCUUAACUUUUCCCCCACUUUCCAGUCAUCAAUUUCUUGUCUCUUCUACCAAAGUAACCGACCUUAAAACCUUUCUAUUCAAUUUGCAUUCAUAUAUUUGCAAAAACCACAAACUAUAGAGCAAUUGAAAUAGAUAAUCAAGAAACAGAAAGAGUGAGUGAAGAUGUCAGAUUGGGGGCCAGUUUUUGUGUCAGUGGUGCUCUUCAUUCUCUUGACUCCUGGCUUGCUUAUUCAGAUACCUGGUAAAGGCAAGAUGGUGGAGUUUGGAAGCUUUCAAACUAGUGGAUUAUCCAUACUCAUUCAUUCUGUUAUCUACUUUGCUUUAGUUUGUAUUUUCUUGUUAGCUAUUAGAAUCCAUAUGUACAUGGGAUAAUAAUUAUAUAUAUCCCACUGCAUGUUUAAUUUAUGUAUACAGAGAUGAUUUUCAUUGUUUGGUA